UGCCGAGCGCCGAGCCGCGUUAUCCUCAACGGUCCUCCUCCGAAGCGGUUCCUGGCGGAGAAACCCGAGUACGUCUGUGGGCACAGGGGCUGGAGCCGCUCCGGACUCGGGAGUCCACCUGUGUGGGACGCCCAGGGCCGAGAGGCUCGGGAGGGAGAGCAAGGAGCCUCGGGCCCGCGUAGCACCGAAGGGGUCCAGGUGCUCCGGGCAGGGACCUGGACUGAUGAGGCCUCGGGGGAGCAGGGGCUUUGGGGACAGAGGGGCCUCCUGAGGUCAGAUGCAGCUCCAAGAGGCGGAGCUCCACGAAAGACCGAGCACUGGGGAGAAGAUGGGGCGUCCUGAGGCAGGUGCACUCUCCAGUUAAGAAAGAGCCCCAGCCGGGCGUGGUGCUACCCACCUGUCACCCCAGGUGCGGGAGGCUGAGUCCUAGGACCGCCGCGAGUUCGAGGCCAGCCUGGGCUACGCAGCAAGACCCUGUCUCGUACAAGAGAAUGAACGAAUGAGAGGUGGCCGGCAGGUGCUGUUGAAAUAUGUUGUCAGAGCGCCGGCGCAGCCCUAGGAUUCCUGAAUUUCACCCAGGGUGGCCUCCCAAGCUUGCUUUCCGACAAGAUGUUGGAGUCUUUGAAACGCCCUGUAGUGGUUACUGCCAGCAUCAACUUGAAUAUUGUGGCUCUGACCGGAAUGGGGCUCCUGAGCCGGCUGUGGUGUCUCUCCUACCCGAGGGCUGUAGUCUUUGAUGAAGUCUAUUACGGGCAAUACAUCUCCUUUUACAUGAAUCGGGUCUUCUUUCUGGACGACAGUGGGCCACCGUUCGGCCACAUGCUACUGGCCUUGGGAGGUUAUUUAGGAGGAUUUGAUGGUAACUUUUUGUGGAACAGAAUUGGAGCAGAAUACACGAGCGAUGUGCCAGUGUGGGCCCUGCGCCUGCUGCCGGCGCUGGCCGGGGCCCUGUCGGUGCCCAUGGGCUACCAGAUUGUGUCAGAGCUGCAGUUCUCCCACUGCACAGCCAUGGGCGCGGCCCUGCUCCUGCUCAUUGAGAACGCCCUGGUCACCCAGUCCAGGCUCAUGUUGCUGGAGUCACCAUUAAUAUUUUUCAAUCUCUUGGCUGUGUUGUCGUACCUGAAGUUCUUCAACUCCCAAAAACACAGCCCUUUCUCUCCGCACUGGUGGUUCUGGCUGAUGCUGACGGGGGUCGCCUGCGCCUGUGCUGUGGGCAUCAAAUACAUGGGCAUCUUCACCUACUUGCUUGUGCUGGGCAUCGCGGCCGUCCACGCGUGGCACCUGAUUGGAGAUCGGACUCUGUCAAACGUCUGCGUGCUCUGCCACUUGCUCGCCAGAGUGAUGGCCCUGCUGGCCACCCCUGUCACCCUGUACUUACUGUUCUUCCGCGUCCACUUGGCACUGCUCUGCCGCUCCGGGCCCCAUGACCAAAUCAUGUCGAGCGCCUUCCAGGCCAGCUUGGAGGGAGGACUGGCCCGCAUCACUGAAGGCCAGCCCCUGGAGGUGGCCUUCGGCUCGCAGGUCACGCUGAGGAACGUCUUCGGCAAACCCCUGCCCUGCUGGCUUCACUCGCACCAGAACACCUACCCCAUGAUCUAUGAGAACGGCCGGGGAAGCUCCCACCAGCAGCAGGUGACCUGCUACCCCUUCAAGGACGUCAACAACUGGUGGAUCAUCAAGGACCCUGGGAGGCACCAGCUCGAGGUGAGCAGUCCGCCCAGGCCCGUGCGGCAUGGGGACGUGGUCCAGCUGGUCCACGGCAUGAGCACGCGCCUCCUGAACACGCACAACGUCGCGGCCCCGCUGAGCCCCCACGCGCAGGAAGUGUCCUGUUACGUGGACUACAACAUCUCCAUGCCCGCCCAGAACCUGUGGAGGCUGGACAUCGUGAACAGGCAGUCGGACAGGGACACCUGGAAGACCAUCCUGUCGGCUGUGCGCUUCGUGCACCUGAACACGUCCGCCGUGCUCAAGCUGAGUGGGGCGCACCUCCCCGACUGGGGCUUUCACCAGCUGGAGGUGGUGGGCGAGAAGCUGUCGCGGGGCCACCACGAGAGCAUGGCGUGGAACGUGGAGGAGCACCGCUACGGCACGAGCCAGGAGCAGAGGGACAGGGAGCUGGAGCUGCACGCGCCCACGCAUGUGGACGUCAGCAGGAACCUCAGCUUCAUGGCCCGGUUCUUGGAACUGCAGUGGAGGAUGCUGACACUUCGGGGCGAGGACACCGAGCACAAGUACAGCUCCACACCCCUGGAUUGGGUCACGCUGGACACCAGCAUCGCCUACUGGCUGCACCCCAGGACGAGUGCUCAGAUCCACCUGCUCGGGAACAUCGUGAUCUGGGCCUCGGCCAGCCUGGCCACAGCCGCCUGCGUGCUGCUCUUCCUGUGGUACCUGCUCAGGCGGCGGAGGGACAUCCGUGACCUCCCUGAGGAUGUGUGGCUGCGCUGGGCGCUGGCUGGGACCCUGUGCACAGGCGGCUGGGCCCUGAACUACUUGCCCUUCUUCCUGAUGGAGAAGACGCUCUUCCUCUACCACUACCUGCCGGCGCUCACCUUCCAGCUCCUCCUGCUCCCCCUCCUCCUGCAGCACGUCUACGACCACCUGUGCAGGUCCCGGCUGCAGCGCCACCUCUUCAGCGCCCUGGUCAUAGCCUGGUACUCGGCCGCCUGCCACGUGUCCAACAUGCUACGUCCGCUGACCUAUGGGGACAGAUCGCUGUCCCCAGGGGAGCUCCUGGCCCUUCGCUGGAGAGACAGCUGGGACAUCCCCAUCCGAAAUUCCUAGGACACCGCGCGCAGGGUCGGGCCAGGCCCCCCGCCCCCAGCUCGGGCUCACUGACAGCCAGGCAGGAGCCCCGGGGGGAGCUGGGCUUUGUUCUCCACGGUCUCGGGGAGACCCUCAUCUUUCCAGACCGUGAGGACUCGCCCUGGGCCCUCACCCUGCAGGGGUCGCUGAGGCAGAGGCCAGGGAUGCAAAAGCCCUGCGGUCCCCUCAUGCGGGGCACCUACCAGGCCCAGCCUGCAGCCGGGCGGCCACAUUGGGCUGCAGCUCCUCCCUGUUGCUGUAGCCUUUGAAAUCCCUCCGUGAGGUUUCACCGAGACACACAGCGGCAUCUUACACAGGGUUUGUGUCAUCUGUACAUCGUGUUGCCCCGAAUAUGCCUUUUUAAAAUGUAAAUAAAGGGGCCACACUGGCUCUCGUA